GGGGCGGGCUGCGGGACUCCUAGUCCCACAGAGCUUCGCGCUCGCCACGACGCCCUGCUCAGAGCCGCUGCCUCCACCUCACGGGCUGGGAGGCCUGGGCGUUCCGGGAGACCGAAUUGCGGUGUGAGCCGCCGUGGGGACUGCGAAGCGGGCCCGGAGUCCGAGAUGGAGCCGCCCGGAGGUGCUUGAGGCGAGCGGGCGGAGCGGCUGCGACGGACUGGUCACGUCAGCGGGGACAUGGCUCACCUCCGGGGCUUCGCGCACCAGCAUUCUCGUGUGGACCCAGAGGAACUCUUCACCAAGCUUGACCGCAUUGGCAAAGGCUCAUUUGGGGAGGUGUACAAGGGGAUCGACAACCACACCAAGGAAGUGGUGGCCAUCAAGAUCAUUGACUUGGAAGAGGCCGAGGAUGAAAUUGAGGACAUCCAACAGGAGAUCACUGUGCUCAGCCAAUGUGACAGUCCUUAUAUCACCCGCUACUUCGGCUCCUACCUGAAGAGCACCAAGCUGUGGAUUAUCAUGGAGUACCUGGGUGGUGGCUCUGCACUGGACUUGCUGAAACCUGGUCCCCUGGAAGAGACCUAUAUUGCCACCAUCUUGCGGGAGAUCCUGAAAGGCCUGGAUUAUCUGCACUCAGAGCGCAAGAUCCACCGAGAUAUCAAAGCUGCCAACGUGCUGCUCUCGGAGCAGGGUGAUGUGAAGCUGGCAGACUUCGGUGUGGCUGGGCAGCUCACAGACACACAAAUCAAGAGGAACACAUUUGUGGGUACACCCUUCUGGAUGGCACCUGAGGUUAUCAAGCAGUCGGCCUAUGACUUCAAGGCUGACAUCUGGUCCCUGGGCAUCACAGCCAUUGAGCUGGCCAAGGGGGAGCCGCCAAACUCUGAUCUCCACCCUAUGCGAGUCCUGUUCCUGAUUCCCAAGAACAACCCACCCACAUUGGAGGGCCACCACAGCAAACCCUUCAAGGAGUUUGUAGAGGCCUGCCUCAAUAAGGACCCACGAUUCCGACCCACUGCCAAGGAGCUCCUGAAGCACAAAUUCAUCACACGAUACACCAAGAAGACCUCCUUUCUCACUGAACUUAUUGACCGAUAUAAGCGCUGGAAGUCUGAGGGGCAUGGAGAGGAGUCCAGUUCUGAGGAUUCUGACAUUGAUGGCGAGGCUGAGGAUGGGGAGCAGGGUCCCAUCUGGACGUUUCCUCCAACCAUCCGGCCAAGUCCACAUAGCAAGCUGCACAAGGGAACUGCUCUGCACAGCUCACAGAAGCCUGCAGAGCCUAUCAAGAGACAGCCAAGGUCCCAGUGCUUGUCCACACUAGUCCGUCCUGUCUUUGGAGAGCUCAAAGAGAAGCACAAGCAGAGCGGUGGGAGCGUGGGUGCCCUGGAGGAGCUAGAGAAUGCCUUCAGCCUGGCUGAGGAAUCCUGUCCUGGCAUCUCAGACAAGCUGAUGGUGCACCUGGUGGAGCGUGUGCAGAGGUUCUCACACAGCAGGAACCACCUGACAUCUACCCGCUGAACAACCAACUGAAUGCACUACUCUUCACAGAGAGGGAGAAGAAUGCUGUUUGUUUUGAGCUGUAAAAGGACUGACUUGGAAGCCCUCUUGUGUUGUGUUACAACUGUAAAGACUGACCAGCCUGUAGGCUUCACAAGCCAGGUUACCUUCUUUCUGCCCUACACAGCAGCCCCUUGACACCUGUGUUCACUCCUUGGUUGUCUGAAGCUAUGCUAGGCACCUGGGAGCCCUUGCAGAACUGGGCAGCAACUUGGGAGGCUGGUAUGACCUUCUAUAUAGACUCCUCAGUCCCUGCAGCAGGUAGACCAAGGAGCAUAGUAACUAUUGGGCAGCUUUGGCUCUUCGUCUACACCAGGGACAUUGUCUUGAGGGCUCAUAGGGGCCCAAGAUGGUCAUCAUUUGCCUUGUGGUGUCAGUUCAGGUACUGUGUGUUUUCAUGAGUACUCGAAUCGUCCAGAAUAUUUUGGGUUUUUUUUUUUUUUUUUUUAGGAAAAUUGAACUUCCUGAGUAUUCUGACAUUAAGUGUUAGUUUUAAUAGAGCAUUGAAAACCCUACCAUUUCAAUAAAGACCUGGAUUGGAAAUGUUCUGAUGUACAGAGCCUGGCCAGACAGGAUUUCUAUAGCUUCUGAGCUAUUGUCAUAUAACCUAACACUUUCUGGUGGCCUUCUGAAGAACAAAGUAGGGCAAAGGGGAUGCUGGUGGGUGGGGGAGAUGUUCUUUUAUUUUAAGUCACAUGGGCAUGUGCGAUGGGAACCAGAGCAGCUUUUGCUGAUCUGGAGACUAACCCCUAGAGUAAUAUGAGCUCAUCACAUAAGCCUGAGUAUAUAGUGCUAGCCUGAGGCUACAGGUAGAAGAAGAAGCAAUCCAACCUGUAUUUAGGGCUAGUCCUCAGCAGGGCUAUGUUCAUGAAACUAAGGACCUUCACUUCCUUUUCACGGAUCUCAGACAUGUGCCCCAGCCAUCAUGAGUCUUCAUUGUUUCUGGAGGUUGGGGGCAGCAGAACCCCUCCUAGAGUUUUUAUGAGGCCCAUUCCAGGGUCAGUGCCACCUAUCUGGUAGGAGGAUGCCAGUUAUUAAGUGCCUGGGAUGAUGCUUACAGUCCCUGCAAGCCUCUGUCAGAGGUUCUUGUCCAAGCAGGGUGAAGGGCAUGCCUCCUUUUCUCUGAUCUCUGCCUCCAGCCCUGGAGAGUGAUGUGAGCAGUCCUGAGUGAAACUUGGGGGUCUCCCUGGUGAGCUGCUGGCCCUUUUGAUGACGUCCAUCCACCUGUGAAAAGGGUCAAACCAGUCGGCAUAAAUUCACAUACCUUAUCAAGAGUGCCUAAAAAAUACAGCUAGUUCUUGCUGUGCAAGCAUGAGGAACUGAGUUUCAUCCUUAGCCCCUGAGUACAAAGCUAGCCAUGAUGUUCACUCCUAAUCCAGCACUGAGGAGGUGGAGCUGGAGAUGGAUUUGCUGCUCAGCCAGCCAGCCUAAUCAGCAAGACACCUGUCUCCUAAAACAAGGCAGAUUGUUCCAGUGCAAGGCUUCAGCAGCUAACACUUGCCAUGCAAGCCUGGCAACCUGAAUUCAAUCCCCAGAACCCACAUAAAGGUACGUGGCAAAACUAACCCCACAUAGUAGUCCUCUGACCUGCACACUCAAGUGGCACACGUGUCCUUCCCACAACUUAAAAAAAAAAGGCUCCAGAAGUCCUUUGGUCAUUGUAUGUAUGCACACAUGUAAACAUGAACAUAUCACUG